AUGAGUGCUAAAACUGGUAACAAAACUAAAGGUAUCACAAAGAAGGCGAGCUCAACUGAUGCCAGUAAAGAGCUGACAUCUUUAGCGGCCAAGAUCAAAGCGAAAGCAUUAGAGAAUCAGAGGAAGAUGAAGGAGGUCGACAGCUCAAGCGAAGAAGGUGAUGAGAAGAGGAAGCCUGUGACAGAAAAGAAGUCGGGCAAAAAUGCUAGGCCCUUAGACCUAGACUCACAGGUAGACGAAGAAACAACCGAGGAAGUUUUGGAAUCGUUUGACGAUUUGGAUCUGGUUCCCGAAAUAACUCAGGCCUGUAAAAACUUAAACUUCACUAAAAUGACACCUAUUCAAGCAAAGUCAAUUCCUCCAGCUUUAGCAGGGAGUGAUAUAAUUGGACUGGCCCAGACUGGUUCUGGUAAGACAGCAGCAUUUGCCAUUCCAAUUCUAAAUAGUCUAUGGCACGACCAGCAGCCCUACUAUGCCUGUAUAUUGGCACCUACUAGAGAACUUGCUCAACAGAUUAAGGAAACGUUUGAUUCUUUAGGUUCGUUAAUGGGUUUACGUACGACGUGUAUUGUCGGUGGUAUGAAUAUGAUGGAUCAAGCAAGAGACCUGAUGCGUAAACCGCAUGUUAUUAUUGCGACUCCUGGAAGAUUAAUGGAUCAUCUGGAAAAUACAAAGGGUUUCUCAUUAAGAAAAUUAAAAUUUCUAGUUAUGGAUGAAGCCGAUAGAUUGCUCGACAUGGAAUUUGGACCAGUUCUCGACAGAAUUUUAAAAAUAAUCCCUACUCAAGGAAGAACAACUUACCUUUUCUCAGCUACAAUGACCUCGAAAAUUGAUAAAUUACAGAGAGCCAGUUUAACGAACCCAGUGAAAUGUGCAGUCUCAAAUAAAUACCAAACAGUUGACACAUUGGUUCAAUCUUUGAUGGUGGUUCCAAGCGGUCUUAAGAAUGCUUUUCUGAUAUACUUAUUAAAUGAAUAUUAUGGUAAGAGUACCAUUAUUUUCACAAGAACCAAGGCAAAUGCGGAGAGAAUAUCUGCCUUAUGUAAUCUGCUAGAAUUCAAUGCGACUGCACUACAUGGUGACUUGAACCAAAAUCAAAGAACUGGUGCUUUGGAUUUGUUCAAAGCAGGUAAGAAAUCAAUCCUGGUGGCAACAGAUGUCGCUGCAAGAGGUCUUGAUAUUCCAUCAGUUGACAUUGUGGUAAAUUACGAUAUUCCCGUGGAUUCAAAAUCGUAUAUUCACCGUGUUGGUAGAACGGCCAGAGCUGGUAGAUCCGGUAAAUCAGUCUCAUUAGUCUCACAGUAUGACUUGGAGCUGAUACUAAGAAUUGAAGAAGUUUUAGGCAAAAAACUGCCAAAAGAAGAUGCAGAUAAGAAUUCCAUAAUGGCGCUGAGGGACACCGUCGACAAAGCUAAUGGUGAAGUAAUCAUGGAGCUGAAUAGAAGAAAUAAAGAAAAAAUCGCCAAAGGUAAAGGAAGAAGGGGUAGAAUGGCAGCAAAAAUGGAUAUGGAUAGAGAGGAGCGCUAA